UUAGAGAAGGAAAGUGGAGAGGAAGAGAGAGCCAGAGUUGGAGAGAAAAAGGGGAGAGCGGCAUUCGGGUUUGCCAGCGGUCGUACACGCUCGGCCAACAUUGAUUCGCUCUUCUUGUUUUGCCGUUUUUUUUUUUUUUCCUUCUUCUUCUUCUUCUUCUUCUUCUCUACUCCUCCGUUCGCACCCCCCAAGUCCAGCCCUCUCUCCCUUCACCCGACUCGUACAUAUUAUCGAUUUGAAGUGAACUCAUAGCAUGCGCCGCUUUGACAACAACUUUUUAUUCUUUACUAUUGUUUUUUUUUUUUUUUUCUUUUCGUUGGGGGCUUCCACUUUCUAAUUUAAACGUUUUUCCUAAUUUGCACUUUUGACGUUGUUUUUAAUGUGUCUUUUUUAAAAACAGAUACACUUGCCCUCUUCUUCUGUGCUUUUGAGCAGACUUCUCGUACAACUUCGGCCACAGUACCUCCUGUGUUUCUGAGCUGCUAUUACAACGCACCGCCUUCCUCCACCGCCUUCCUCCUCCGCCUUUGCCCCCUGACGCCUCUGAGGGACACUUUCUCAGCUUUUUUUUCUUUUCUUUUUUUUUGAUUUUUCAUUUUUUCUUUCUGGUAUAGCGGUGUGACUUUUGACUUUUUGUACUCGUCGGGUUGAAUUUAUGAUGAGAAAACAAAAUGGAUGAAUUCCACCCUUUCAUCGAGGCCCUGCUGCCCCACGUCCGAGCGUUCGCCUACACCUGGUUCAACCUGCAGGCCCGAAAGCGCAAGUACUUCAAGAAGCACGAGAAGCGCAUGUCCAAGGAGGAAGAGCGCGCAGUGAAGGACGAACUGCUGGGGGAGAAGCCAGAGAUCAAGCAGAAGUGGGCCUCGCGCCUGCUGGCCAAGCUCCGCAAGGACAUCCGGCCCGAGUUCCGUGAGGACUUUGUGCUCACCAUCACAGGGAAGAAGCCCCCCUGCUGCGUGCUGUCCAACCCCGACCAGAAGGGCAAGAUCCGCCGAAUCGACUGCCUGCGCCAGGCCGACAAGGUGUGGCGGCUGGACCUGGUCAUGGUCAUUCUGUUCAAGGGCAGCCCCCUGGAGAGCACGGACGGGGAGCGACUGGUCAAAUCACCACAGUGCACCAACCCGGGCCUGUGUGUGCAGCCGCACCACAUCGGAGUCUCCGUCAAAGAACUGGACCUGUAUCUGGCCUACUUCGUCCACACGCCAGAAUCCGGACAAUCGGACAGCUCCAGUCAACAAGGAGACACAGACAUCAAACCGCCGCCUAACGGACACCUUAGUUUCCAGGAUUGUUUCGUCACUUCAGGGGUGUGGAACGUGGCAGAGCUCGUCAGAGUGUCGCAAACUCCUGUCGCCACAGCAUCAGGUCCUAACUUCUCGCUGGCCGACCUGGAUAGUAGUCCCAGUUACUACAACAUCAACCAAGUGGCUCUGGGCCGUCGCUCCCUGACCUCCCCUCCCUCAACCAGGUCUGAGGUGGAAUUAUACGCAAAUCUUCCCCGGAGCUCCACCAAGAGAAAGUCUUUAGACGACAGUGAGAUGGAAAGUCCCACAGACGACGUCUUUUACCCCGGACGCUCCCCGGCCGCCAGCUCCUCCCAGUCCAGCGUGUGGCCCAAUGACAUGGAUGCAGUGCAGCACCAUUUGGCGAGUGUGCAAGAGAGGAAGAUAAAACAUGAAAACGAUGGCGUGCAGUUUCCUUACCAUGGAUUGUCCUCGCCCGGUUCACUUAAGAAGCCGGGGAAGUUUGAUUUCAACGCCCUGGGCUCCCAGACGAGGUCCCCCCGCAUGGCGUUCACACACCACCCGCUGCCUGUGCUGGCGGGAGUGAGACCAGGAAGUCCCCGUGCCUCAGCCUCCACUCUGCACUUCCCCUCCUCCUCCAUCAUCCAGCAGUCCAGCCCGUACUUCACCCACCCCACCAUACGCUACCACCACCACCAGGACCCACUUAAGGAAUUCGUGCAGUUCGUGUGCACCGACAGCCCCGGUCAGCCCGGCGCACAGCCUAAUGGAGGAGGCCAGAGCAAAAUGCCGGGCUCCUUCCUGUUGCCCCCGCCGCCCCCUGUGGCGCGCCCUGUGCCCCUCCCCAUGCCCGACUCUAAAAGCCUCAGCACGCACUCUGACGGUGGACUCAGCUCACCCGCAUCUCCGUCAUACUCCACGCCAGGCUCCACAGCUCCCAACCGGUUUGUCGGCAUCGGAACACGGGACAACUUUCUGAAUAUCCCCCAGCAGACUCAGUCCUGGUUCCUCUGACAAGGCAUCACUGAAAACACAGCUUAUAUAGAAAAUAUUUCAAGAAAAUUGGGAUAACAAAAAUCACAGCUAAAAACAGACUGUAAACACUAAAGUAUUUUUCCUCUCCAUCAAUAACGAAAACACAUCUGCACAACCUGAAGAACCCACCAUCCCCCCUGAGGAUGCCCUUAUCUGCACUCAUCCCCUUUAUGUCAGAAGCAUCUAACUGAGUGAACCGGAUCAUUACGAAGACGAAGGAGGCGGACGAUGAGGAACUGUCUUUCAAACACUAAGUAUCAAAAAACCAAGUAGGGCAAAUUAAUAAUGACCAAUAUGCAUUUUUUAUCAUUUGUAUUUUUCAUAUGUUGUAUCCAUAAUGAAACUCCAUUCAUUGGCUACGAGAUCUAAAUAUACACAAUUUGGAAAUGGUCAGAUUUGCUUAUUAUGUUUUGUUUUGUUUUUUUCCUAACCGCUAAACCGCUAAAACCGCUCGCUGCACAACACCUCCGCCGCCACAGCCCCUCCCCUCCACCUCCGCCUCUUUCUCCCGCUCACGUUUGACCAGCUACGGUGACAUCAUGAAAUGGUGUGACCUAAAUGCACUAUGGGGCUAGUAGUCGUUGUUUACCUGUCGAAAAAAGUACCGGGGGGGGGGGGGGUGAUAGCCAUGAAGCCAACGUGGGAGAUUGAACGCGCAUCAGUCAGAACACUAACUCUACACACGCUCUUUUUUUUUCGUCCCGUCACCUAUGCACUAUUACGUCGAAUUAGGGAUGAAAUAUAUUGCACAUUAAGGUCAAACGAGCGAGCAACGAGGCGGUUAAGUCGGACCGGGCCGGCGCUGUGGCAACGUGGGCCCUUGGGAUUUGCUAUCACAUACAAUACACGUCACAUACUACCAGCUACAGCUUUAUAUAUUUUGAUUUGUUAUGAUUUUUUUUCGCUUUUCUGUGCGUGGGGGCAGGCUGCCUUUUGGUCUUUCUUUCAGUCUCGGGCUUGCGUGUUCAUUUUUAGCUGUAGAAUACUCAAGGUACAGGCAAGGUUCACUCAUGCGCUCGGUCAGACAAUAAAAAAUACUUCUCUGGUUCAUUUCGGAUAGCUCACGAAAGCAGCUGCUCGUUAAUAUCACUUACUGCAGUACUCUCCAUCACCACCAGGGACCCAGCAAUGCACCGUUUGAAUUGUUUUUUUAGUUUUUUUUAACAAACAGAAUCCAUCACAUGACAACCGCGACUGAAGGGAAGAAGCCUUUAUAUUUGGCUCUCAAAACUGCCUUUGUUAAUGGUUUUUCAUUACUUGUAUUUUAGUUACAUGUAAAUGAAAUGUUAACGUUGGAGUUUAUAUUGGUUCUUAAUCACUGAUUUGGUUCGUGAAGUCACUGGGCCGUCUGUCGGUGGAGGUUUUGGGGACACGGUUGAGAGUUUAUGUUCGUACUAAAAAACAAAUUUGAUUAUGAAGUGCCUCUGUGAACUCGACGUGUAUUUGGUUUAAUAUAAAUAUAAAUUAUUUUCCUCUUCUCUUGUAGGUUUAUAAAGACAAUUGGGAAAGUAAUAAAAUCAUAAUAUCCAUUUUAUUUAUGAAGUAUGCCCUUGUUUACGUUAGAGAUUGACUGAUUUAUUGGGUCGAAAUUUGGAAUUUUUAGCCUUAAACUCCAGCACGGCACGAUAUUUUGUUUUGGUCGAUCUGCUGCCUAAAAAAAAUCCACUUUAAUACAAAGAAUAUGGGAAAAAUAAUCAAAAUUGGCUCAACAUAUCAGCCUAAAAACAUCGACAGAGGCCCAAAAAUAUUGACCCAUAAAUACUGACGGAGCUUAUCGGGCCAAAAAAUAUCGGCCCAAAAAAUAUGGACAGAGCUUUUUGACCCAAAAAUAUCAACAAAUCUUAUUGGCCCAAAUAUAUCGACUCAAAAAUAUGGACAGAGCUUAUUGGCCCAAAUAUAAAGGCCCAUAAAUCUUGACAGAGCUUAUUGGCCCAAAAAUGUUGACCCAGAAAUAUUGGCAAAGCUUAUUGGCAGAAAAAUAUUGGCCCAAAAAUAUGGACAGAGCUUAAUGGCCCAAAAUAUCGACCCAAAAAUAUGGAAAAAUCUUAGUGGCCCAAAAAUAUCAGCCCAAAAGAAAUAUUGGCAGAGCUUAUUGGCCCAAAAAUAUUAGCAAAGCUUAUUGGUGCAAAAAUAUUGGCCCAAAAAUAUGGACAGAGCUUAGUGGCCCAAAAAUAUCAGCCCAAAAAUAUCAACAGAGCUUAUUGUCUAAAAAUAUUGACACUGUUUAUUGGCCCAAAAGUAUCGACCCAGAAAUAUUGGCAAAGCUUAUUGGCCCAAAAAUAUCAAAAAAGCUUAUUGGCCCAAAUAUAUCGGCCCAAAAAUAUCAAAAAAGCUUAUUGGCCCAAAUAUAUCGGCCCAAAAAUCUUGACAUAGGUUAUUGGCCGAAAAAUAUCGGCCCAAAAGUAUCAACAGAGCUCAUCAACCACCAUUUUCUCUGGAAUCUAAACAAUCAGUAUCGGUAUCGCCGGUGAAAAACCCAUUUGAUCCGAUCUCCAGUUCACUCCUUCCACCUGUGAAUGGCCCAGUUUCUUUCUGAACGUCACUUUUCCAAACACGAAAACGCCACAUAACUGUUACCAACGAACUCCCCCCCUUUCCCCUCGUCACGACCCUCUGUAGUGCAGCACCCAAACCCCACAACCCCACCCCUACCACCACCACCCCCACAAACCCCCACUCCCCCUGUAGGUUUGAAGAAAAACGUCUUUUUGAUGGAAAGUAUUAUUAUUGAAAAUGUGUUGAUUGAGCCACGUGCAAUGCAUUGGGUAGAUCAUUGUGUUUGUCUGUUAGAGGUUUUUAAGAAAGCUACAUGAAAAGAGAAAAAAAAUGUAUUUGUUUCAAGUCCAUAAGCUCCAGGACUCUAAACCAGAGGGCCAUGAAAAAAAUCUUUGUAACUUGGGGUAUUUUGUUUUUAUUUCUCUUGUCUUUUUUUAAUGUUUUAUGUGUAAUCAUUUGUUUAUAAAAAUGUGGGAGGGCUGAAGGACACAAAUCUACACAACUUCUACAGAGAAUGGUAUUUUAUCAGAUAAACCUGGUGCUUAGACACGAUUAAAUACUUUCAGAACUAUUGUAAAUGAAAGGUAAAUGAACAAAACAGACGAGAAAACAGCGUUACUCCUCUCUAUGUGUACUCUUCUGUUGUACGAGCGGGGGAGAGGUUCCUGAUCUUCUAAGGUUGUGACGCAAAACGAAUCCAGGAUCAACCUUGAGAAUAAUCCUGCCUAGUCCCGUUUAUUCUGACCCGCUUGUUUUCCUGGCAUCAGUGGUGGAACAAAACAAAGUAAAAGUAGUGAAGUACUUAAGAAUCUGUACUUUUAAGUCCAUUUUACAGUGGAUACUUUUUACUUCAGUAUAUUUGAGAGCAGUAUCUGUACUUUUUUACUCCCAAUAGGACUGAAAAGUAAAAGUAUUUCUUAUUGUUUGACGUACUGAGGGUUUAGUUUUAACAUCUUCAUAAUUUGAGAAAACAGCAAACAAAAAUGUACAAAUAAAACCAGCGAGAAAAAAGAUUUUCUGUUGAACAAAUCUGUAUCAAAAUCAGUACAUUUGGUGUUUUAUUAGACCUCAAAAUCUGCGUGAAAUACUUUUACUUUUUCCUCUUUAAGUACAUUUUUAAACAGGUACUUUAAUACUUUUACUUACAGUAUUUUCCGGAGUAUAAGUCGCACCUGAAUAUAAGUCGCACCAGCCAAAAAAUGCAUAAAAAUUAAGAAAAAAAAGAGCGAGAAAAGGAUUGUUUCUGUUGAACAAAAUCUAACACAAAUCUGUAUCGAAAUCACUUCAUUUGACACUUUUUAAGACCUAAAAAUCUGCAUGGAAUACUUUUAAUUUUUACUAUUUAAGGACAUUUUUAAUGCUUUUACUUCCUGUAUUUUCCGGAAUAUAAGUCACACCUGAGUAUAAGUCGCACCAGCUAAAAAAAUGCACAAUAAGGAAGAAAAAAACUGCGAGAAAAAGAUUAUUUCUAUUGAACAAAAUCCAGCUCAAAUCUGUAUCAAAAUCACUACAUUCGGCACUUCAUAAGACCUCAAAAUCUGCGUGAAAUACUUUUACUUUUUCCUCUUUAAGUACAUUUUUAAACAGGUGCUUUAAUACUUCUACUUACCAAAUUUUCAGGCGUAUAAGUCACACCUGAGUAUAAGUCGCACCAGCCAAAAAACGCAUAAUAAUGAAGAAAAAAAACUAUAUUUCACAUAUAAGUCGCAUCUGAGUAUAAGUCCCUGGCCAAUCUAUGAAAAAAAGUGUGUCUUAUACUCUGGAAAAUACUGAAAGCAGGUUUUUUCAUGUGAUACUUUUACCUGAGUGACAAAAACACAGUACUUCUUCCACCACUGCCUGGCGUCUCCUCCUUUUUCGAGGCGGCGUACGGCGUCCAGGACCCUCUUAGUCGAUCUGACCGUGAGCAGGUUGCACGUUUUGUCCUGCAGAAGCGAAACACCUUUGGACUGCGAGUGAACCUCUCCCCUGUUCCGCUCCCUCUCUGUAAAUUACUCUUAGUGCUUGUGCUGUAGUGUAUAGAUUCCCAGCAGUUAAAGGUUGUCCCUUAAAAGUGCCUUUUGUUCACAGACUCCAUUUUGUAAACCCACAUCGCCCUUCUCAAAAUGGCUGGAGGUAGCAGGUUGUCCCCAAGUGCUGCAAUGAGGAAAAAAAUCUGCACCGUUUUAGCGACCGAGGUCAACUUUUACCUUUUGGCUUGUAAAAAAAAAAAAAAAAAAACACUUUCCAUUUGACCCCAUUAGCCUCUCUUCCUUUUUAAAGCCGUAUAUAUAUAUCUACAGUAUAUAUAUAUAGUACAAAAGGAAAAUGGUGUGAAUUAGUUCUUUACUUUUUAUUGAUAAAUAAAAGGGGGGGGCAAUGUUUGAAGUAAAAAAUCUUCUUGUUCAGCUAAUUUUUCUUGCCCCCUGUCUCCACUGUCUGUUUUUCUCUAGACACUGGAGUAGUCUGUAACUGUGUGUCUGUCGCUCGGCAUCUUUCUCGCACAUAAAACACACACAAACACACACAAACACACACACUCUCCUUCACUGUCCAGCUAUUCCGCCCUCUGCUGUUGAGGAGGGGAUAAAAAUAUUGCCGGCAAAAACCUUUGUCUGAGCAGAAUGCAGUUAGCUCACAUGUUAUUCUUGUCUAUAUGCUUCACAUUGUAUUACCAUACCCAUCUCUUCAGCUUCUCCAUUCAACAGCUAAUGUAAGUGAACAAAUUACACUGACGGGCUGUUGGGGGUGUCCCGAGUGGGAGACGAGGCCGGGAUUCAGGGGGGUGUGUGUGCUGAUGAAACUGGGAGGCUGCUUUGACUAGUUUAUAGACAAUGCGCUUUUAAAUUUCUUGUAUUUAUAUUUUUACUUAGUUUUAUUCCCCCAUUUGUUCUGUUUUCUUUUUUCUUUUUUUAGAUUUUUUUUGCAUAAUAUCAGGGUAUGUCGUCAUCGAGGCUGCCUUUGAGGAAGCCGAGGACUGUAAAUUGAAGCUAUAGCGUAAGCACCUUAUAACCGAAAGCGUCUAACGUGGGGUCAAAGGAAGGGUCAACUCGGACAUAUCCCAGAUGCGAAUGAAUGUGGAGAAAAGUGUUAUUCCAGAUGGAUGGUUAACAGUAUUUUCAAAAGAUAAAGCUGAAUCUGAUUUCUCUGAACAGGUGAGAAUACGGGGACGUCCCUCCAUUCUCCCCUCUCCUUUUGGCUCAAGUUGGACUGCUUUGUGUCUUUUUGUUGUUUAUUUUUGUUUUAUUUUGAAAGUAUUUGGCAGUUUGUGAAAAGCAGCUCCUGUGGCCCCUGACUCCCACCUCUGCACCUCCUAUCCAUGCCCUCAGUGCACUUUUUGUGUGAGAACACCCCCAGAGCUCUAGGUGAAAUGCAUGUGUUAAUUACAGUUUCUUUUCCAUAAGAAGAAAAACACAGUUUGAAAAGAGCAGCACCUGAUUGAAUAAAAGGAUGUUCUUGACUGUA